AUGUUCAGUGGACAGUCUUCGCCUAGGAAACGUAAACACUGUGAGUUCCACGAUCCAGACUAUGCCCAAGCAGUUCAGACAACAUGUGAUGACGAAUCGACCAAUCCCGAAAAUUCCAUUGUCAAAAGGCAAAAACAAGAAACUUUGCAGAGUUCUGCCAUAGAAAAGAAUCAGGAGUGUAUUGAAAAGGUUAGACAAAUUAUCGAGCGAGAAUUCAAUAGUGAACUGGCAUUUAAACAGCAGCAACUGUUUGAUAUAGAUGAACGUCUUGAGAAAGCGAGAUGUAUUCUGGAUAAGUUGAGAUAUGCUUUAGUUUCUGCUUACUACAAAAAACAAGACUUGCCACUUGCGGCAGUGACAACAUCAGCUGUAAGAAGUGCUCAACCCUUAUUCAGCAGAGAGGACAAGGGUCCCCAAAUGCAAAUACAUCCAUCUUUGAAAAAAUUAAUUGGUAAAAAACCUAAGGACUUAUCAGAUGUUAUACGUUCAUGCCCCAAGAGAACAGCAGCACAGAAUGCAGUACAGACGAUUAGAGCUAAGUCCGAAAUUCAGAAAAAAGAAGAAAGAAAGUUAAAACAACUAAUAAGAGGCCAAGGAAUCGUUAUUGAUCACUCAACAAAUGAUGACAAGCGGGCCGAUGUUGCAGCUCUCUUAAAUGCAGCGCAAUUAUCAAAGAAUGCACUGCCAAAAAGUGUGCACCAACCCCAAUUAAAUACAGGAAAAGGGAAACAAGGAAAAGCUUUAAAUUCGUCGCGGUUAAACAACAAAGAAAAACAUUUAUUCGUAGUUGGCAAUACAUCUAAGUUUAUCGGCUCUGAGCAAGAUAGAGAUCCCAAAAAUAAGUCACAAAUAUUAACGCACAAAUGGCUUGUGUAUGUCCAGACAAAGAACUCUACUGUACCACUUGAAAAAUUUGUUAAAAAAGUUCGAUUUCACCUGCAUCACUCAUAUCGUCCUAACGAUAUCGUGGAUGUCUUAUCUCCGCCUUUUCAUGUUGCUAGAAGGGGCUGGGGUGAAUUUCCUAUUCGAGUGCAACUUUUCUUUCAUGAAGAAUUUAAUCAAAAACCUAUUCAGCUUCUUCACACCGUAGUAUUGGACAAAACUCUGUCUGGCAUACAAACAUUAGGAGCUGAAACAUUACUGGAAGUGUGGUUGAGAAAUACUUGCUCUAUGCAAUCUGAAAAUAAGAAUGAUAUAUCUGCUUCGCAGGCUGAUAACCUAAAUGAAGCAAAUGCAAAAACUUGCCAAGUACCUUCCACAGAAGAGUUAGUAGACGAUAACCUAUUAGAAUUUUUAAAUAAAAUUGAAGCUAGCCACUCAAUUAGUGCAGAUAUUGAAAAAAUUCAGCCCACAUUUGUUAUUUCGGAAACAAAUCCAUGCAAGAGUCCAGUUAAAACGACAAUCCCUAUUAAACCUCCUUCUCCGAAUAAUCCCAAUUUUAAAGCGUCAUUGGGAAAUGAUGUCAACAUUAUUCCACAUAUCCCAAAUGCUUCGCAAAUUCCAGAAAAAGAUCCGAUUCCACAUGCUUGUGUCGACAACAACACUAAGGAAAUGAAGAAUGAUUUGCCAGAAAACCCACCCAAUUCAAAUCACAUUAAAAUACAAACUCUAAAUGAUGAAAGGUUAAUGAACAACUCGAACUCCAAACAACAAAUGGUAAUGUCUCAUAACCCUACAAAUUUGACGACAGAUGCGAGGAAUUCCCCACUUUUUCCGCAUAAGAACACAGCCUCGGUUACUAAGGAUGGUAAAAUCAUUAUGCCUAUAAAUUCCGUAGCUUCUAUAGUACGGAGAACAAUAUUACCAGUAAUGAAUACAACAAGAAAUGUAUCGAAUACCUAUACUACGUCCCUAAGUCCAGCAGGCUCACCAAAUAUACAUGCAAAAACACCUCCAAUUCCCGCUAAACAAAUUUUGCAAAAGAAACUAGUUCAAUUAGUUGAUUCUACGGGUAAUGUAAAGUAUAUGCAAAUGCUUGUUGCAACUUCUUCUACUUCGCCAACUACAAAAGCUCAUGAAUCAUCCACGUCUAUGGCUCCAAAACUUUUAGCAUCCACAGCAGGUGUUCAUACUUCUUCGGCAUUUAAUCCAACAGCAGUGCCAAAAACUACUCCAACUCCCACAAUGAAACCAAAUAUAUUCAAAAUUGUACCUGAAAAUAUGCAAACAAAACCUCAAGUUGUAACUUUUAGCACUAAAAGUACAACACCGACAACGACAACUCUGACAUCAACAGUAUCAAACACAAAUAUGAUCAAACAAAUGCAAACAAUAUCCUCAAAGCAAAAUAUUCCGUCUUCGAAAAUUGCCCCAAAGCCAAACGGCGGCUCUUCUAAUAAAAAUGUUGUAUUCCACAAGGAAGGAAAGCUGUAUAUCAUUGAUCCUCUGCAAAUGAAAUUUAAGCAACAACAGAAGAAACAGGUUUCGCUGUUAAAACCUCAGGUCAGUUUAUUAAAGCAACAAUUGAGGCAACAAAAUGAAACUACUGUAACUAAUAUGCCUAUUGUAAAGUCAAGAGCUGACCAUGAUUACACACCGCCGCUCAAGACCUGCGUGCAGACCAAUUCCCCUCAAGUGCAUUAUGGUCUUAAGCAACAGCGACUCAAUACGCUCAAUAUUUUUCAGUUAAUGCAAAUGAAACGGAUUCUAUUUGAAAAAAACGUUUUGAGGCAGCAAUUUACAAAUAUGCAAAAUGCCGUAGAAUUUAUUUUACGCAGGCUAAAACUCAUUGCCCCCAAAGAUUCGUUAGUAUCAGCUUUUCCGUUUGUUUCCAACACUAACGAAGAGUUUCAAUUGUUAACAGCCUUCAAACAGCGCACUCAUGAAUGGCUACGUGCCAAACAUAUUUCACUUCUAAUGCGAAGCCAUAAAGAUUUGCAACAUAUAAAUAAUGCAAAUGGGGAUACCUUUUGGACAACUAAAGAAAUUGCAACAUUUGCCCGUCAAUACGCGUAUACACCUGAUAUAAAAUCUCUACCGAAGCUAAAUGCGCAUUCUGAACAGAAUAGCAAAGAUUUUAAAGAGUUAGUGAAAGGGGAAUUGAAACAAAAAGAAAUCACCACAUGUGACACUCUUUCGGAUUGUCGGACCAUCAUAAAAUGGAUAGAGAACAUAUGGCCAGUUCUUAUUAGUUACCAACAUGCUGAAGAAGAAAAUCAAACCAUUGACGUAGAUGGAAUCAACGACGAAAAUUAUGAGAUUGUUAAAAGGGCACAGAGUCAUAAAUCCGGCACUGGAUUAAGCGUAAACGAGUGUUCAAAAAACACCUACCUUUCACCCCCUACUAAUUUGCAAAAUGAAUGUAGUUUAUUGAUGCAUAUUUGUAAAGAUUUAAGUAUACAGUUAGAUCACGAAGAAAUAUCUCCUAACAUAUGGAAUCCCUCCGUUCAAAUAAUUUUAAGUCACUCUCUAAACAUAUUUCUCCAAAAGAUUAUACGGGGUGUAAUAAGUUUAAAGAAUCAGGAAAACGCCUCCUCUAUUGAAUUAGUUCAUACCAUUCAACCAGCUGACAUUGCAAAAGUUUUAUCCAAAUUAAGAGAGUUCGACUUUCUGACGAAUAGUAAUUUUGGUACAAAUUCGAAAGUUGAUUUGUACACUAUUAAACAAGAAAAAUCAUGA